CUCUUGGAUGUAGCAGCUCGAAGCAAAGUCUGGUGGGGAUGUUGUCGUGGUGUGGUGGAUGAGGGCUGUCGGAGACCCUGUGUGAUAUGGGAAGGUGGUGGAGGAUGGAGAGUUGCAUAUCCCAGUGUGGCCAGGCAUAGAGUAGGUCUCUGCCUUGUCCCAGGUCCUGCUGUGCCCAUGGGGUUGGUCCGUGCCAUGACCCAGGUCCUACUGCAUCCAUGGAGGGAGUUGAUGCCAUGUCCCAGGCCCUGUUGUGUCCAUGGAGUGGGCCAAUGCUAUGUCACCGGUCCACCUGUGUCCACAGGGUUGGUCCAUGCCAUGUCCCAGACCCUACUGUGUCCAUGGAAUGGGUUGAUGCCAUGUCCCAGGCCCUAUUGUGUCCAUGAAGUGGCUCAAUGCUAUGUCCCAGGUCCUGCUGUGUCCAUGGAGUGGGUUGAUGCCUUGUCCCAGGUCCUACUGUGUCCAUGGGGUUGGUCUGUGCUAUGGCCAGGUCCUGCUGCAGAUCUGUGGAGUGGAUCUGUGCUGUGUCCCAGGUCCUCCUGCACCUAUGGGUGGGUUUGUGCUGUUUCCCAGGUCCUUUUGUGGCCAUGGAGUGGGACUGUGUGCUGUCCCGGUUCCUCCUCCAGUUGUGGGUUAGAUGUGUACCAAGGGAUGGGGACACACUGUGCUUGUUGGGGUGGUUCUGUGCCAUGACUCAGGUCCUCCUGCAGCCAUGGGGUGGCUCUGUGCCAUGUUCCGGGUGAUCCUACACCUCUGGGUGGGCAAAGGUCCUCCUGUGUCAGUAGGUUGGUCGUGUGCCACAUCCCAGGUCCUCCUGUGUUUGUGGGGUGGUUUUGUGCUUGGCCCUGGGUCCUCCUGUGGUUAUAGAGUAGAUGCGUGCUACGGGAUGGGGACACGCUGUGCUCACAGGGUGGCUGUGUGCUGUGUCCCUGCUCACCCUACAUGGGGUAGAACAUGUGCUGCAUCAGCCCCAGCCCUCGAGGGAGACGUGCAGCAAAAGUCCCAGCAGGGACGCCGCAGCUACGCGCCCUACUGACCCCAAUCCUGAUGAAAUCCUGUGGCUUUUGGCUGAGCCGUGCCGAGAGUGUUUCGCUCCGUGCUGAAACGUGAGGAGCGGCAGCCUGGGGGAUCUGCUGCUUGCCUGUCCCAUGGGUAACCCUCUUCAGCUGGAGCCUCUGACUCAGCUGACCCCAUAACAUCCAGCCCGGCCCUGGUUUCUGGGAAAGGCCGAUCUCAGAGGGAUCCUCCUUGGAGAAGCCGUGCUUCGUCCCAGCCCCAUUGCGUGCAAACAAGUAAACACGGCGUGAGUGGCCAGCCUGGGUCAGCGAGAGGUCUGUGCAGCCCCACAGGAGGUGUGUGGGAAAGGGUUUGGGGUGGCAACACUCGGGUCAUAAAGAAAAAGAAGGAAUUGGGCUCAACGGAGCCUCCAAGCGGGAAGCAGGACCUGACAUAGGGAUGGUGACACGUCCAUGGGGCUCGGGGUCACCUGUCACCUGUGGAGCCACCCUCCCUUAAUUGCUCCCAACUUUUGGGAGCAGAACCAAGUGUUAAUUAUGCUCCUAAUCUGCUCAAACACCCCUAAUCCUGCCUGGCUCCGUGAGGAAUGCUUGGCAUUCGCUGCUGGCUGGGCCACCUGGGGGUGAGCGGAGGGAUGCCAUCGCCGUGCCUUUAUCCAGGUGGAUCCGAGGGGCUGACAGCAGCCUCUCCCCACCCCAACCAGUAUCCUGGAUGGACGCAGCAGGAAGCUGACAUCCCUUCAAUCCAACAUGUUGGGUUCAUUAUCCCGACCCCGUACCUGGAGCAGCUUCCUCCGGCGCUGGGAAAAGCGUGGCUGCGCCAGGAGGUCUGUGGAAAAUUCCACCCUCUGAGGGCACGCGAGGCUCCAUGGUCCCUCCAGGACCACGUUUUGUACAAGCAGUGCCAAACAAAGGGCUGAUUUUAUGGGUUUGACCUCAUCUCCUUCUGGCCCCUCUCCGAGGCUGAAGGCAAGCGGUGUCUGUCUGUGUUCUCGUCUGCUUGCGAUACUGAACACGUGAACUUCCUAAAAUAAAAACAACCCGGCCCUCCUCUUCCUUUCUUCCUCCCAGUUCUCUCCUAUAAGUACAGAGAUAGAUUUGUGUGUGCGUUUGCUCUUUGCCCUUUCCUUAAGGCUGUGGCUUUUCUACCUGCGGGAAGCUUUCGGGAUCACGAGCGCAGAGCGGCGUCUCCUUGGGCGAAGCUGAGUGUUGCAGAGCAGUGAGUCAGCUCCUAUGAAGCCAAAGUUGGCCAAGACAUCUGGCCGUCUUUUGCAGACCAGAAAAGAGGGAAAAAUCCCAUUUUCGAUUGAUUUUUUUUCUUUCUCUGGCACCGCCUCUUUGCUUUCCAGCUUUCUGCCCUUGAGGUCUGCAGGUCUCCCUGAUCUGGUACCUGACCCCAACUAUGUGCAAGCAUCCACCUACGUGCAGCGAGCUCACCUGUAUUCACUGCGCUGCGCCGCCGAGGAGAAGUGCCUGGCCAGCACUGCCUACACCCCCGAAGCCACAGACUAUGAUGUGCGGGUGCUGCUGCGCUUCCCGCAGCGGGUGAAGAACCAGGGCACAGCUGACUUCCUGCCCAGCCGUCCCCGGCACAGCUGGGAAUGGCACAGCUGCCACCAGCACUACCACAGCAUGGAUGAGUUCAGCCACUACGACCUGCUGGAUGCCACCACGGGCAGGAAGGUGGCCGAGGGCCACAAGGCCAGCUUCUGCCUGGAGGACACCACCUGUGAUUUCGGCAACCUGAAGCGCUACGCCUGCACGUCCCACACCCAGGGCUUGAGCCCAGGGUGCUACGACACCUACAACGCCGACAUUGACUGCCAGUGGAUCGAUAUCACGGAUGUGCAGCCGGGGAAUUACGUCCUAAAGGUCCAAGUGAACCCCAAAUACAUCGUCUUGGAGUCAGAUUUCACCAACAACGUGGUGCGGUGCAACAUCCACUACACUGGCCGCUACGUCGCCACGACAAACUGCAAGAUCUCCCAAUCUUGAGCCAAGCAGGGCUGCCCAGGCUCCUCCGGUGCCCCACCACGAGCCCAAAACCACCUCAGAACACCACCCCCGACUGCUUCACACUAUCCAGAGAGAAGCGAGAGUGACUGUUUGAAAUAUUUUUAUACUUAACUUUUCUUUAACCUGCAUUGUUUUUCUGUUUUCUGAUGGAAGCUGAUGAUAAGUUGUAGCUGGAAUAAUGGAAGGCUUGCUACCGAGCUGGCAGAUCGCAUGUUUAGCAAUAGGGAGCUCGGUAGUUUAAACCUGCCUGUAUUUUAGGGGGGUUCAGGCACUGCCACACACCCCACACCACCUCCCAGCAGGAUGAAGACAGCAGAAAGUUGGAGGCGCUUCCCCAGAAACUCGGGCUCCGUGCACAGCCCUCGGGACAACAGGACGCCUGGUUUAUUAUUGAAAUCAUUAUUUUCACGAGCUGUUAAAAACAACAACAAAAAAAAAUGCCGACAAACAGCAACAAAACCGGAAACCAUUA